AUGCAUACAGGCCUGGGGUGGGCCUUGGCGCCACCACGCAGCAGUCCACAGGCACUACAUGCAGAUAUCUGGGGCAAUGAUCGACCCCGUCCUGGCCGCGUGCGCUUUCAUCACAUUCUGUGGAAGCGGCAAGGAUCACUCUGUAACACGCAAAUCGUGCCGGGCGCGUUCACGGACGGAGAGACUUGGGAGGAGCACUACACGCAAAUGACGACUGCCAGUGCCCCUUGCCUGCUGGUUGACAACGAGGUCUUGCAUCGGGGAGCUGCCAAUCCAAGCAGGAACUGGGUGAGCACCUGCUCGAUCGAGCUGUGCACCCGCACAGGAUAUGAGGAGGUGUGGAAAGAGAGUUCGGAGAAUGAUGGCGUGUACCGCAUGCUGCCGAUCUGCUGGAGUGGAUAG